AUGAUGCCCCUUCGUCAUCUUCUUCAGCGAGAGGAAUUGCAGAGUGCAAAAGGGUUUGAUUUUAUGAGGUGUAGGUAUGGAAAGAUGGGGGUAAGAAAAGGUGGAUUGCAGCGAAUGGGGGUUGUAGGUACAAUCGUUAUCAGGAAUUGGGUCAACCGUAGCUCACUAAUGACUCCGUCCUUGGGGGUAGAAAACCGGAGCCAAAUGAUGCCCCUUCGUCAUCUUCUUCAGCGAGAGGAAUUGCAGAGUGCAAAAGGGUUUGAUUUUAUGAGGUGUAGGUAUGGAAAGCGAGAGGAAUUGCAGAGUGCAAAAGGGUUUGAUUUUAUGAGGUGUAGAACUGGCAAGGCAAGUACUAGUACAGAUGUCUUUGCUUUCGGGGCAUUUAUGCUGGAAGUAGCUUGCGGACAAAGACCUCUAAAGGUCCAGGGAUUGAUUGAUGAUAUGAGUUUGGUUCGGUGGGUUUUGGAGAAAUGGAAAGAAGGAGCAAUUCUUGAUGCAACUGAUCCGAGAUUGGAAGGUGAUUUUGUGGUAGAGGAAAUAAAGUUGGUUUUGAAGCUAGGCCUGCUUUGUUCGCACUAUAAUCCGAUGACUAGGCCUAGCAUGAGGCAAGUGAGGCAGUAUUUGGAUGGGGAAGUUAUCUUGCCCGAAGUAUUUAUGGAUAUUGAAGGUGCUGGCAUGACUGCAUUAUUUGGGAACGAAGUUUCAAAUGCAUUUGCAAUGACAUUACCUUCAUCAUGUGUUUCUGCUAAUGCUAUGUCUACUGAAUCACUUCUUAACGUAGGACGUUAA